AUGGAACUUGGGGCAAGUAAGGCUAGCAACCUGCUUCCCUGGUACUCUAAAUAUGAUGCUGGCAAUAAUCAGAGCAAAAUGCCUCGGACCUUUGGAGGUGACGGAGUCCCACCUCUAACUGACAAACCAGGGACUCCUAAGAUACGACUUGGCAAACAAAUGGUAAUGAGAUGGGGAGCUAUUAAUAUCAAUGGGGGCUACUCUGGGAAGAAGGUAGAGCUGGCAGAGGCUGCAAGUAAGAUGGGGCUGUAUGUUUUAGCUGUUAGUCACAUUCGGGUAAGGGGUGAGAAAGAAGAGGAAGUGGGAGAAUACAAGGUCUACCUGUCAGGCGUCAAAGCAGGAAUAGCACAAUGGGAUGUAGGGCUUUACAUCAGGAAAGAAAUGGAACCCAGCGUAGUUGCAAUAAGGUAUGUAAACGAACGACUGAUGUGGAUAGAUUUGACUGUGUCUAGCAAGAAAAUUAGGAUUGUGUCAGUAUAUUUGCAUUGUGAAGGGACAGAUCAAGAUAAGAUGGAUAGUUUUUAUGAGGCACUCAGUGAUGUAGUUGUUAGAGUAAAGGACAAGGACAGUGUUCUGCUCAUGGGUGAUUUUAACGCCAGGAUUGGAAAUCGAACAGAAGGGUAUGAAAAGGUUAUGGGUAAAUUUGGAGAGGAUAUGGAGGCCAACAGGAACAGGAAACAACUCUUGGAUUUCUGUGCCAGUAUGGGCUUAGUAAUCACAAACUCCUUUUUUAAACAUAAGAACAUUCACCGGUAUACUUGGGAAGGCAGGGGAACCAGAUCUGUCAUUGACUAUAUAAUAACAGAUCAGGAAUUCAGGAAGGCUGUGAGGGACACACGUGUAUUCAGGGGAUUCUUUGAUGACACUGAUCAUUAUUUAAUCUGCAGUGAAAUUGGGAUUGUGAGGCCAAAAGUGCAGGAGGUCAGGUCCAUAUCUGGGUACAGGUUUUACAGGGAACCUAACACAAGUUCUCCCCAUAUGAGGCAUACUGAAAAAUUAGCUUUGGAGGCAGACUAA